CUGAACUGACACAAUUUUUUUUACCACAAAUGAGCAUAAAGCAAGCGUAAUAUGAGCAGAGAAGGUUUCCUGCACAAGGGUUCACAUUAAAGCGACCUUUGUUACAGCCCUACAGUAAAGGAAGAAGGUCACAGAGGCACAAUGUCUCUGGGACUCAACUUCAGCAGCAAUGAUACCUGUGAGAUCCAUGAUGGAGCCCUUCCACACUUCUUGCCCAUCUGCUACAGCAUCAUUUGCUGUUUCGGUCUCCUCAGCAACACCAUCAGCGUCUUUGUUUUCUUCGUAAGACGCCACGAUGAUACCUCCACAGCGGUGUAUAUGCGCCAUCUGACGCUGGCCGACUCACUCCUGGUCCUGUGUUUGCCACUGAGGAUCUACUACCAUUACAAACAGGGGCCUUACUUCCUGUGCAAAGUGGUGGGUGUCUUCUUCUACAUCAACAUGUAUGCCAGCAUCUCCUUCCUCAGCCUGAUCAGCCUGGACCGCUACCUGAAGAUCGUCAAGCCAGUCUGGGUCUUCCGCAUACAAAAGGUGCUGUGGAGCCGCAUAGCCAGCUACAUCAUCUGGGUGGUUCUCUUCAUUGGAACCGCUAUGUUCUUUGUUAGUAACAAGCAGGAAAACCCAUGCGACAAGAUCUGCUUCCAUUUCCACGAUAAGGGGCUGUUAGCUGGUAGCACCAACCUGGCUGUGGUAGUGCUCUUUGGUGUCUUGUUCCUGGUCUUCAUCGUUUUCUACGUGAAGAUUGCACUGAAGCUGAGGACCAUGGAGAUCGGAAAAGGCGACCCGAACACACAAAACCGCAAGAAGCGUCUUGUGCUGAAAACGUUCUUGGUGCCCGCUAUAUUCACGCUGUGCUUCCUGCCGUACCAUGCGGUCAGAGUGCCGUAUGUUCUGGCCCAGAUGGAUGUGAUCAAAGAGCUGGAGAGCAAGCAGCUGUUGCACACCUUGAACGAAUACACCCUGCUUCUAUCUACGCUCAACAGCUGCCUGGACCCUAUCAUUUAUUACUUUCUGUCCAGCAUAUACAGGAAGACAAUCCUAUGUGCCAUCCAGGGCAAGUUUAAAACCAUGUAUGACCUAAACAGGAGACGAAUUAGCAUUAAUCGAUCAAUUACAGAGAUUUAGCUCGAAGGACUUAUUGUCGUCGUACAUGCUGUCGAGUAAAUAUUCGUGACAUUUGCACAGACUGUACAGUACAAACGGAAUUGUAAUGUUGAUGUUGCGUAAAAAACAUUUUAUUUUAAAAUACUGAUAUGUUUUCAUAGCAGGUAGAUUAUAUCAUUUAUUUAGAGACAUAUAUUACUCAUCUACUCAUGAUUCAGACGUCUGACCUUUUUAAAAGCCCUAGAAUUUUUUUUUUUAAGGUUGUGCGGGGGUCUAUAUGACAUUUUUUGAAAACUUUUUUUAAUUUUUGUGGUAAACUGUGCAGUGUGUUAGCUAACCACGCUGGGGUUAUUAGAUAUAUUGUGUUAAAUGUUAAAAAAAAAAAAGCUCAUUAUUGUGGUGGAGUCUGCAGCACUAACAUUAAAAACAUCUAAACAACAUGUCAUCUGGAAUUUCCCCCUGAAUGCGAGCUGCUUGAUCUUUCUGCUGAUGAUUUCAGAUUAUGUUUUAUUUUCCUGCAGAUGAACAAAAGAUGAAGAGGUAAUCAUGUCGACAUAUCAUUGUAUAUUCUGUAAAAAUGUGUGUAUUUAUAGAUCUUUUACAUCUGGUAUUAGUGCUUAUUACUGAUAUUCUGAUAUUCAUUUUUUAUAUUAUUAUUAUUAUUAUUAUUAUUA